CGGCCGAGGCUCUGGGCACCGGCGCGGCUGGCGGUCCCGGAGCCCAGAUCCUGGCACUGCGAGGUUCUAAUCAGACCCAGGUGAUGUGUGUUUAUUGCUGAGUGGCUUCUCCUCCCCCACCCCACAGUCUGCAGGGAGAGCUGGGGAUUUGCUGGGUAUAGGCAUGCCAGUGCUGUCCGAAGACUCCGGUUUGCAUGAGACCCUGGCGCUGCUGACCUCUCAGCUCAGGCCUGACUCUAAUCACAGGGAGGAGAUGGGCUUUCUGAGGGACAUCUUCAGUGAGAAAAGCCUCAGCUACUUGAUGAAGAUUCACGAGAAACUCCGCUAUUACGAGAGGCAAAGUCCAACCCCAGUCCUGCACAGUGCCAUGGCUCUUGCUGAAGAUGUGAUGGAGGAGUUGCAGACGGCCUCUCUGCACAGUGAUGAGAGGGAGCUGCUGCAGCUGCUGUCCACCCCCCAUCUCAGGGCUGUACUUAUGGUACACGAUACAGUCGCCCAGAAGAACUUUGACCCUGUUCUGCCCCCUCUGCCUGAUAAUAUAGAUGAGGAUUUUGAGGAAGAAUCAGUGAAGAUUGUUCGCUUGGUGAAAAACAAGGAGCCCCUGGGUGCCACCAUCCGGAGGGACGAGCACUCAGGGGCUGUUGUGGUGGCCAGGAUCAUGCGAGGGGGUGCAGCAGACAGAAGCGGCCUGGUACAUGUUGGUGAUGAACUCCGAGAGGUGAAUGGGAUUGCUGUCCUGCACAAACGUCCUGAUGAGAUCAGCCAGAUUCUGGCCCAGUCUCAGGGAUCCAUCACCCUCAAAAUUAUCCCUGCCACCCAGGAGGAAGAUCGCCUCAAAGAGAGCAAGGUGUUCAUGCGUGCCCUCUUCCACUACGACCCACGGGAGGACCGCGCCAUCCCCUGCCAGGAGGCGGGCCUGCCUUUCCAGCGUAGACAGGUCCUGGAGGUGGUGAGCCAGGAUGACCCCACGUGGUGGCAGGCCAAGAGAGUGGGGGACACCAACCUUCGAGCUGGCCUCAUUCCCUCCAAGCAGUUCCAGGAGAGACGACUAAGUUACCGGAGAGCCACUGGUACCCUGCCAAGCCCCCAGAGUCUCAAGAAGCCCCCCUAUGAUCAGCCUUGUGACAAAGAGAACUGUGAUUGUGAAGGGUAUGUCAAAGGACACUAUGUGGCUGGUCUUCGGAAAAGCUUCCGACUGGGCUGCAGGGAGAGGCUGGGUAGCUCUCAGGAAGCCAAGGCACCUGCAGGAGCUGAAUCUCCAGCGUUAUUGACCUAUGAGGAGGUGGCCAGGUACCAACACCAGCCUGGUGAGCGGCCCCGCCUGGUGGUUCUGAUUGGGUCUCUGGGAGCCCGGUUAAAUGAGUUGAAGCAAAAGAUAGUGGCCGAGGACCCCCAGCACUUUGGCGUUGCUGUUCCACACACUACAAGGCCCCGGAAGAGUCACGAGAAGGAAGGGGUUGAAUAUCACUUUGUCUCCAAGCAAGUGUUUGAGGCCGACGUACAUCACAACAAGUUCCUGGAGCAUGGUGAAUAUAAGGAGAAUCUCUAUGGGACCAGCCUGGAGGCCAUUCAGGCUGUUAUGGCCAAAAACAAAGUUUGUUUGGUGGAUGUGGACCCAGAAGCACUGAGACCCCUGAGGACCUCUGAGUUCAAGCCCUAUGUUAUAUUUGUAAAGCCUGCUGUUCAGGAGACUAGGAAGACGCCACCCGUGUCACCAGCCUGUGAGGAUGUGACAGCUCCACUUGAUGAACAGCAGCAGGAAAUGGCUGCCUCUGCUGCCUUCAUCGAUCGGCACUAUGGGCACCUGGUGGACACUGUGCUGGUGAGGGAGGAUCUGCAGGGCACCUGCAGCCAGCUCAGAGCAGUCUUGGAGAAGCUGAGCAAGGACACUUACUGGGUACCUGUCAGUUGGGUGAGGUAACUUCAUCCCGGAGCAUCCAGGCUGGAGGCGAUCUUAAAGACCAUGUUGUCCAGCUUCCCUCAACUUACUAUCAAGGAAUCUCAAGUGCAGAGGGGCAGGGUUUCCCACUGUCUCUACCAUCAUUGAGUAUUAGUGGGAAGCCUUGUUUGUUGUUAAGAUUUCUGUCAUUUUGCACUGCACCCCUUUGAGUUGAAAGGGUCAAUUCAUAGAACAACAUGUCAUUCAUUAAAAUAUUGCAGGCAA